AUGAGUCACACAUACAAUCGGCCCCCUCUCCGUUGCAGGGCUGGAGUCUCCAGAUCCAGAAAAUAUCAAGGUGCGGGGACUGUGGGAGCUGGGAACGACUCAGCCCUGUUCCUCCCAAGAGGCCCGGCAGCCAACCUGGAGGAGAGACCUGGAGAAAGCUGGAAACAUGCUGCCCUUAUGCACUGUGAAGCCGCAGAUUCAGCUCCUGGGAAGCCUGCCGUCAGCACACUUGAGGGAGAUGGGAGUCCCCAAAUCUGCCGUGUAUGCGGGGACAAGGCUACUGGCUACCACUUCAAUGUCAUGACAUGUGAAGGAUGCAAGGGCUUUUUCAGGAGAGCCAUGAAACGCAACACCCGGCUGAGGUGCCCCUUUCGGAAGGGCGCCUGCGAGAUCACCCAGAAGACCCGGAGACAAUGCCAGGCCUGCCGCCUCCGCAAGUGCCUGGAGAGCGGCAUGAAGAAGGAGAUGAUCAUGUCGGACGCGGCUGUGGAGCAGAGGCGGGCCUUGAUCAGGAGGAAGAAGAGAGAACGGAUGGGCACUCAGCCCCUGGAAGCCAAGAGUCUGACUGAGGAACAGCAGACAAUGAUCAGAGAGCUGAUGGAUGCUCAGACGAAAACCUUUGACACCACCUUCUCCCACUUCAAGGAUUUCCGGCUGCCAGAAGUGCUCAGCAGCGGUCCUGGGAUUCCGGAAUCUCUGCAGACUCCAUCGGGGGAAGACGCUGCCAAGUGGAGCCAGAUCAGGGAGGAUCUGUGCUCACUGAAGGUCUCUCUGCGGCUGCGGGGGAAAGAUGGCAGUGUCUGGAACUACAGACCCCAAGCUGACAGCAGUGGGAAAGAGAUCUUUUCCCUGCUGCCCCACAUGGCUGACAUGUCAACCUACAUGUUCAAGGGCAUCAUUAACUUUGCCAAAGUCAUCUCCCAUUUCAGGGACCUGCCCAUCGAAGACCAGAUCUCCCUGCUGAAGGGGGCCACCUUUGAGCUGUGCCAACUGAGAUUCAACACAGUGUUCAACGCAGAGACUGGAACCUGGGAGUGUGGCCGGCUGUCCUACUGUUUGGAGGACACUGCAGGUGGCUUCCAGCAGCUUCUCCUGGAGCCCGUGCUGAAAUUCCACUACAUGCUGAAGAAGCUGCAGCUGCAUAAGGAGGAGUAUGUGCUGAUGCAGGCCAUCUCUCUUUUCUCCCCAGACCGCCCUGGUGUGGUACAACGCAGUGUGGUGGACCAGCUGCAGGAGAGAUUCGCCAUCGCCCUGAAGGCCUACAUCGAGUGCAAUCGGCCCCAGCCUGCCCACCGGUUCCUGUUCCUGAAGAUCAUGGCCAUGCUCACCGAGCUCCGCAGCAUCAACGCCCAGCACACCCAGCGUCUGCUUCGCAUCCAGGACAUACACCCCUUUGCUACACCCCUCAUGCGGGAGUUGUUCAGCAUCACGGAUGGCUGA